GGCGACUGACAGAGAGAGAGAGAGAGCGAGCAAGCGAGAGUGAUACAAGGUCUCAGACUGUAACAUCCAGCCGCCUCACACUCAGUGGAAUAAUCUAAACCCAUCUGUGAACAAAUGGUCUGAAAGGAAAAAUAACAUCUUACUAGUUGGAGGUCUUUCCAUGUGUUUGGGAUGAUGCACCUGUGGGACAGUCACUUCCUCCUGCUCAGCCUCCUCCACCUGUUCGGAGGCGUCUCGUCGCAGGUCAACCCAGGUGUGUGUCGGUAUCCUCUGGGGAUGUCGGGAGGGCAGAUACAUGACGAGGACAUCUCUGCUUCGAGCCAGUGGUCUGAAUCCACCGCUGCUAGAUAUGGCAGGUUGGAUUGUGAGGAGGGUGACGGCGCGUGGUGUCCAGAGAUAACCGUGGAGCCUGACCACCUGAAGGAGUUCCUCCAGAUUGACCUGCGCUCGCUCUACUUUAUCACCCUUGUUGGCACCCAGGGCCGUCACGCAGGGGGUAUAGGAAAUGAGUUUGCCCAGAUGUACAAGAUUAAGUACAGUCGCGAUGGCAGCCGCUGGAUCUCGUGGAGAAACAGGCAGGGCAAGCAGGUGAUCGAGGGAAACAGGAACGCCUACGACAUCGUACUCAAGGACCUCGAGCCACCCAUCAUUGCUCGCUUUGUCCGCUUCAUGCCUGUCACAGACCACUCCAUGAACGUCUGCAUGCGCGUGGAGCUCUACGGCUGCGAGUGGCUGGAUGGUCUUGUUUCGUACAACGCUCCAGCAGGAGAGCAGAUGAGCCUGCCUUUGUACCCCGUUUACCUCAAUGACUCUGUCUAUGAUGGCGCCGUCAUCCACAGUAUGACUGAAGGCUUGGGCCAGCUUACUGACGGGGUGUGCGGUCUGGACGAUUUUACUCUCAGCCACGUCUACAACAUGUGGCCGGGGUACGACUACGUGGGCUGGAACAAUGAGAGCUUCUCCAGUGGAUUUGUUGAAAUUAUGUUUGAGUUUGACCGCACACGAAACUUUACCACCAUGAAGGUCCACUGCAACAACAUGUUCAAUCGGCACGUCAAGACCUUUCGCCAGGUGGUUUGUUACUUCCGCUCUGAAUCGGACUGGGAGGCCGUGCCGCUCUCCUUCAGCCCAGUGGUGGACGAGAAGAAUCCCAGCGCUCGCUUUGUCACGGUCAACCUGGCAAAUCACAUGGCCAGCGCCAUCAAGUGCCAGUUCUACUUUGCUGAUGCCUGGAUGCUGUUCAGCGAGAUCACUUUCCAGUCAGAUACAGCCAUGUACAACACAACACUGGCUCCACCCAAGACAGGACUACCACCCAACACACAACUAGAAGAAGACCCCAGGCACAAAGUAGAUGACAGCAACACCCGGAUUCUGAUUGGUUGUUUAGUGGCCAUCAUCUUCAUCCUCGUGGCCAUCAUUGUCAUCAUCUUGUGGAGGCAAGUUUGGCAGAAGAUGCUGGAGAAGGCCUCACGUCGGAUGCUGGAUGAUGAACUAACUGCUAGUUUGUCAAUACAGAGCGAGACGUUUGGCUACAACCACAACCGGUCAGGUACGACCAGUGAGCAGGAGUCUAAUUCCACCUAUGAGCGGAUUUUCCCGCUCGGUCCAGACUACCAGGAGCCGUCGCGUCUCAUAUGUAAGCUACCGGAGUUUGCACAGAGCUCAGAAGAGCCCGCUUCAACCAGCACAGCAGCUUCUAAAUCCACCACUGCCACUGUGGUCCAAGAUGGUGUCCCUCACUAUGCAGAGGCAGACAUUGUGAACCUGCAAGGAGUGACCGGAAGCAACACAUAUGCCAUCCCCGCAGUAACUAUGGACCUGCUGUCGGGGAAAGAUGUUGCCGUGGAGGAGUUUCCACGGAAACUGCUAACAUUUAAAGAGAAAUUGGGAGAGGGUCAAUUUGGAGAGGUACACCUUUGUGAAGCAGAGGGAAUGCAGGAGUUCAUGAACAAAGAGUUUUUGUUUGACAUUCCUGAGGACCAGCCAGUCUUAGUGGCUGUGAAGAUGCUCCGUUCAGAUGCCAACAAAAACGCAAGGAAUGACUUCCUCAAAGAGAUAAAGAUCAUGUCGCGUUUGAAGGACCCCAACAUCAUUCGUCUGCUAGCUGUGUGCAUCUACAGUGAUCCACUCUGUAUGAUCACAGAGUACAUGGAGAAUGGGGAUCUCAACCAGUUUCUAUCCCGCCACGAGCCUGAGGGACAAUUUGCUCUGCUUAGCAAUGCCCCCACUGUUAGCUUCAAUAACCUGUGCUACAUGGCCACUCAGAUAGCAUCUGGGAUGAAGUACCUCUCCUCUCUAAACUUUGUCCAUCGAGACUUGGCCACGCGGAAUUGCUUGGUGGGCAAAACCUACACGAUAAAGAUUGCUGAUUUUGGCAUGAGCAGGAAUCUGUACAGUGGUGACUACUACCGCAUCCAGGGCAGAGCAGUGCUGCCUAUACGCUGGAUGUCAUGGGAGAGCAUUCUGCUGGGCAAGUUCACCACAGCCAGCGAUGCAUGGGCCUUUGGGGUGACCCUGUGGGAGAUACUAAACUUCUGCAAGGAGCAACCUUACUCUCAGCUCACUGAUGAGCAGGUGAUAGAAAACACAGGGGAGUUUUUCAGGGACCAGAAACGACAGAUCUACCUGCCUCAGCCUGUGCUGUGUCCAGACUCGCUCUACAAGAUCAUGCUGAGCUGCUGGAGGAGGAACACAAAGGAACGGCCCUCCUUUCAGGAAAUACACAGAGCCCUCCUGGACAUACAGCCUUAAGCCAGUGCAGUGUUUGAAACAGUGAUUCCCAGUCCGCUCAUCUCUGGAUUGAAGGAGAUGGUGCAGGACAAGAGUAGCAGACACAUUCCAGGUGUAAGCUAUUUUGUUUCAGCAGAGAAACAGUGGGCGGCCAUCUUUAGGCCCCCGAGAUACCAUUUGGGAAACACUAGUUCAUGGACUUAACACACUACAAACAUGGACAACCAGAGACAUUUGGUGUGUCAGUUUGAAUUCAAUUAGCAUGGACAUGCUGGCUAAAAUGUUUUAUACACGUAGAGAGGUAUUCCUUAUUCUACACCAUCCCUCAAACACAAACAGAAGCAGGUUUAAGGGUGUGACCUAUGGUGGAAGACAAAAUUUAAUGUAGCAAGAGACAUUCUGCACUUUUUAAAAAUAUAUAUUAUCUUAAUUUUUAAAUAUCGGCCCAGGGCUUGAAAUAUCGCCAACAGACUCACGCAACAUUAUUGAAGAACUUUCUGGAAGACUGCUUGAAUGUAGAAAGGAAAAGUGCAGCGUCAUGUUUCAAGUAUCGUUUUCAGAGUAACUCCACACAUUUAGAGUAACGAGAAUAACACGGAAAUGUCAAGCGGCUCAGUCAUGCUCAUCUCUCUGCAGUUUUCCUAUAGUGAUUGAACAUAAAGUGUACAUGACUGUGUAUUUUCAGUAGAUAAGUUUAAAUCUCAAAUAUCAGUAUUUUGUAUUUUGUAAUAUUUAUAUGUUCAUAAGUGUUUGUCCUGUUAAUGUUUUGUUGAUAUAUUUGUGUAUUAAUAUGCUCUUUUAUUUGGAGUAAUGUAUUUGAUGAUUUGAUGCAGUAAUUCUUCCUGGAUUUAUACGUUGCCAACUGCCUCAAGUUGAUAGGCCAUACUUGUUGGUAACUGUUGAGGUAUGAGAAGAUCACCCGGUCAUGUGUUCUGCUGGUUCAAAAGUAUGUGUUCACAGUCUGUAUCAUCAGAAACAUGCGUCUGAGUGUGUUGCGAUGCCGAACAAGAGAAAAUACCACAAAUGCAGAUGAAAUGAGAAUAUUUAGCUUAUAGCGUGCAUUUGAGUGGAGAGUGGAAUUGUCGUGGUUUAUAUUAAAAUUAAACAUCUAUGAGGUCAAAUGAGUCAUCCGCAAGUUUUAGUUAGAUGAAGUCUUUGUUUUUAUUAAUGCACUCUGGAUUCUCUCUACUACUAUACAUUUUCCAUUUACUUAAUAGCUUGACACAAAACAAAAGUUUCAGCCAGGUCAGCUGUAUCUAAACAAUCAUGCCUGCUCAAAUGUGGCAUUUCCAACUUACUGGGGCAGAAACACACGUACAAUUUAAAGUGAUAUCCCAGUUUGGAGACACACUUGUUUGUAUUAUUUGGUGAUUUUCAUCAAAUAAAUAUCCCUUAAAUCCUCUCUCACUGUUACAAAUAAAUUGAAGGCAGACGUUUAUGUCUGAGGAAUUUAGUUUUACUACGUCUUUGUACUCAAAUGUUUUUCAGUGAGAAUAUUUUACAUGUGUUGUAAACAAAAGCUGUACAUUGAUAGACCAAACACAAAUAAAAUUUAAUCAGGGAAUUCUA